AGAAAACGAAAGGCGGAUGAUGCUUUUUGUGAAUAAUAUGACUAUCUCUUCAGGAUCAUGUCCGCCCAAUAUUUAUUUUGUUGAGACUGCUUUGAAAGAAAGUUCAGAAGAUGAAAGGAAUUAUGUAAAAACGUGA